AUGGCUUCCACCGACCAAACAAUCACUCUUGUCACAGGCGCCAACCAAGGCAUUGGAUAUGCCAUCGCCAAAAAGCUAGCCUCAGAGCACGGCCACUACGUCAUAAUGGCAGGCAGACGAUCCGACGCCAUCGAGGCCGCCGCCGCAUCCUUGCGAAAAGAAGAUCUGCCCGUCUCGGCAGUCGUCAUUGACCUGGCCUCGGACGAGACCAUUGAUGCGGCCGUCGCGCAUGUGCAGAGCAAGUUCGGCCGUCUUGAUGUCCUAGUCAACAAUGCAGGAAUCGCACACGCUGUUCUGGGCGCGGGUGAAGGACCCCGGUCUGCUUACGAGCAGAUCGUCGGCACCAAUGUGAUUGGCACCGCGGCCGUCACCGAGAAGUUCCUGCCUCUCCUGGAGAAGUCCACGCUUAUUAAGAGGAUUGUGUUCGUUUCUUCCGGUAUCGCUAGUUUGGGAGUUUGGGCUACACCGGGCUCGAUGGUGAGGAAAUUCAAGGCUCCGGCUUAUGCGGUUAGCAAAUCUGGUGUCAAUGCGCUGUGUCUACAGUAUGCUGCUGCUUUUGACGAGGAUAAGAACUGGAAGAUUAAUGCUGGUUGUCCUGGGUACUGUGCUACGAACCUGAACAAGUACGCUGGUACUUCUUCUCCUGAGACUGGGGCUGAGAUCCUUUGCCAUCUUGCUACUCUGGAUCAAGAUGGACCAACUGGAACUUUCCAAAAUGCCCAGGGAGUGCUUCCCUGGUAG